AUGUCAGCUCCGCCUUCCCCUAAACCUUCGGUCGAGUCCGACGACCGUCCCAGUACAAGCGAAAGCGUACGACAGUCGAAGAAAACCGGUCACACUCGCAGCAUUUCAUUUGAAGAUACAAAGGCACGCGAUCACAGCCCACGUCGGCGCUCGAUUCAGUUCAAUGUGGGCGCCGCGGAAGCCCAACUCCCUACCCGCUCGCUGAGCUUCAAGGAAAAACGGCUAUCUUUCGGAGGGGAACACUUGAUUAAAGAGGAAGAAGACGAGGUAGACCGGGAACAACGUCACCAAUCCAUUCCGCGCGGGUUGUCACCCCCACCGCCAAAAACAUACGAACGGGGUGUUUCAUUCGAUACAUUUGACAAUCGCGAUGCUCCCAACUUUUCCCUGACUCUAAACUACAAGCAUAAAGGAUAUCAAAGUACCCGUCGAAGUCGGACCUUUUUGUGCGGCACAGACCAGAACGACUACUCCGACUUUGCGCUAGAAUGGCUGAUCGAUGAACUGGUCGACGAUGGUGACGAGAUUGUCUGCCUUCGAGCAGUAGAGAAAGACUCGCGCAUGGCGAGCGAAGCGGCGAUUGAAGAAGGCAAAUACCGCGAGGAGGCUAAGAAGCUGUUUGAGCAGGUCAUGCAGAAGAAUAGCCAAAACGAAAAGGCAAUCAGUCUAGUUUUGGAAUUGGCUGUCGGAAAAGUAGAGGAAAUCAUACAGCGCAUGAUUCGUAUAUAUGAGCCUGCCAUGCUGGUUGUCGGAACACGAGGUCGCAAUCUCAAAGGCGUGCAGAGUCUCUUGCCGGGAUCCGUCUCCAAAUACUGUCUGCAGCAGUCGCCCAUUCCUGUGAUUGUCGUCCGUCCAUCACCGAAACGGGAGAAAAAGAAAAAGAAGCGACGCGCAGACCCGACCCGACGGAGCUACAACCAUAUCCUCGAGCUGAGCGAAAAGCGUGGUAGUGGCCUUUUCAACCCCAAUGCCAGUACAGAAAGCGAGGUCUCCAAGCUACCCGAUGAAGAAGCUGCUGUCGCCAAAGCGCUGGGCCUCCCAGCCUCCUAUUCCCGCGCGAACUCCCGCAGCUCUCUGUCUGUAUCAGACCGCAGUAGUAUCAGCCAAGACGACUCUGAUUCUCCGUCUCCCGUUCCAUACUCGCUCGAUUCAGUGGUGAUGAAGAGCCCAUUGAAUGGCAGCCCUGCUAGCUCGGAAGAAAGCGUGAAUGUCAGCGAAGAUACGCAAAGGGCAAUGUCGCCAGGGCCACCGGCUCGAUCGCGUUCACCACCACCUGAAUAUGACUCGGCAGAUGACACAUCUUCGAUAACACGGACUUCCACCGCAGAGAAGACCGAUGGAGAAGAUUCAGACCCCGAGACAUCCUUGCCUCAGACUCGCGUUUCCAUCCCCGUGAUCGAGGUUUCCAACGACCAGGAGAAAACAGAACCACAGGAACAAUAA